CUGUUCAGUGUCUUGAACACACAGCCAUGGGCGGUGAUGGAGACAGAUAUGGAAGUAGCAUUGAAGAGGCCUGUACUUUAACUUGGCAUCAUGUUCGGUACAGACACUGUGGGCUGUUCCAUUUAACCAGGACAUUGAGAAGGCUGCCAGACAAGUUAUUGUCAAAUUACCAUAAAUGGAGAGCUGAAUGUCCUGAGAUCAGUGCAGACCUGAGGCCUUUAUCCAUUAUCGGUCUCCUAAAGGCUGGUUACCAUGGGGUUUUGAGGUCUCGUGAUUCCAGUGGAAGCCGAGUUUUGAUAUAUAAAAUUGAACAUUGGGAUCCCAAGGUUUUUUCAGUCUAUGAAGUGUUUCGCGUCAGUCUGAUCACAUCAGAACUGAUUGUGAAGGAGGUCAAAACCCAACAAAAUGGUGUGAAGGUUAUCUUCGAUCUCUAUGGCUGGCGAUUUGCUCAUGUUUUGCAUAUCAAUCCGACAGUUGCCAAAAGAAUUGCUGAAGUGAUUGCAGACUCCUUUCCACUGAAGGUCCGGGGCAUUCACAUGAUCAAUGAGCCUGUGCUAUUUCAUCCAGUCUUUGCUAUUAUUACAAAGUUCUUGUCAGAUAAAAUCAAAGAACGAGUUCACAUGCAUGGACAUAAUUACCAGUCCAGCCUUAGAAAGCACUUUCCAGUUCAGAUUCUUCCACCUGAAUAUGGUGGCCAAGGACCAACUUACGAAGAACUCUGUCAGGAAUGGACCAAUUUUGUGCUGCAGUCUGAGAAAGAACUUCUUGAGCUCUCACUUGUUACAUGAUACUACAUUGCACAGAGUCUAGUGACCGAAUAACAGUACCUUUAUGGUGGUAAUCAAUGCAACAGGUGCUAAAAAUGACUACACACUGUGGAACCAGUUGAUAACCAGCAAUGAACUGCCAUGUUUUAUAGUAUAUGUUUAUUUUAAGUGAUAUUAAAUAUUGAAUGAAAUUGGUGAUUUAUGUAGUAUUGUAGAUUAUUAUGUAUUCAGUAUUUUACUGUAUAUUUCCGUUUCCAAUUGCCUGUUUAAAUAUUGAAGUUUAAUCUAUGGAAACUGAAGUCUUUUUAACUGUGUUCUUACAAAUGUAUUCAUGCGGUCACCAUACCUACGUCAUUGGGAAUACAAGUCUUAACUAUAUUUUUUG